AUGGAGAGACCCUCCAACACUAGCAGGUUUGGAAUUCACCCAGUUGCAGGCCGGAUGCCUGGUCAGCUUAAUGUGCUGCUGGCUGAGGCUGGGGUACCGUACGAUAUUGUGUUGGAGAUGGAUGAGAUCAACCAUGAUUUCCCAGACACUGAUUUGGUCCUUGUAAUUGGAGCUAAUGACACUGUUAAUUCAGCGGCUCAAGAAGACCCCAACUCUAUUAUUGCAGGCAUGCCAGUCCUCGAGGUCUGGAAAUCAAAGCAGGUCAUUGUUAUGAAGAGGUCCUUAGGUGUUGGCUAUGCUGCAGUGGACAAUCCAAUCUUCUACAAACCUAACACAGCCAUGCUUCUAGGCGAUGCCAAGAAGACGUGUGAUGCCCUUCAGGCGAAAGUUAGAGAAUCCUACCAGAAGUAAAACAUAAAGAUCAAGCUGUUGUCUAACAAAGCCACCUCUUCACUUGUGGGAACAGGCAAAUAAGUUAUUAACAUAUACAACUGAUACACAUCUAUAUCAGAGCUCUUGAAAGAAAAGGAAGACUCUGAAGAAAGCAAAGCAAAUACAGGGAAAAAUUUCAAGAGCAACAAUCCCUCAAUUUUAAAAAAAGGAUUGACAAGUCUAAAUGUCUUCCUGUGCAUAGUUUUUGUGUUACGAAUUCCAAAAGUAUUUUACACAAGGAGAAGGAACAGCGUCAUUUUAGAUGUAAUCCAUUUGGAUUUUCCUCAACAGUCAGCAGUGUUUUAAGAAAUUAGUCUUUAUGAAUUUUUUAGGACUUACAUUAUACAUAGAUUUGAAAAAAUCUGACUCAGUGUAAACAUUACAGCCACCUGCAUUUAUGUGUUUUCAACAAAUGUGACUAAUUUGAAACUUUCAUCAACUCUUGAGCUGUCCUCUUACCAUUUAACCAUAAUCUGAAUUAAACAUAUCACAUCAGUUUCAAUUUUUCAAACUGUACUUCUGAUUCUAUAUUUCAGGGGUGUAUUUUCUCACUUCUAUUUUAAUACAUUAAAGGACUAGAUAAUCUUUCAGAGAUGCUGGAAACAAAUCAUUUGCUUUGUAUGUUUCAUUAGAACACCAAUGAAACAUACAAUUUGAAAUCAGCAUUAAUUGUAUUUUUUAAACCCCAUUUCCAAUUGGAGAUCUCUCUAAUUUCAAUCAAUUUAUAAUGUGUAGUACUGUGUUAAGUGCACUUGAAUGGAAUUCAACUAUUUGACUAAUAAAAUGAG